GUGUAGAUCCCGCCCCUGAACGGAAGCGCGGCAGAACGAGUGCUCGAUAAAUACAAUCAAAUGGCGGGGACUGAACCUUGCGCAGCCUGUUCAAUUUUACCUCGUCUAAUGUGAUGGAGGUGGACAUCCUGGAGUUUAAGGUUCCCGUGGAGAACAAUAAGACCCUGUUUGUGUGGGACAUCCAGCCCUCUCUCCCUGAGGCGGAAAUCUAUGUGAGUGCACCUGGAUCAGGUUUUUACUGAACAUUUACUAAGUUUUGAAGACUCUACAUUAGCCGUUUAAGGCUAAGUCAUCACCAUAGACAAUUUCUCUCUUUCUCUCCCCCUCCCUCUCUGAUAGUAAGCUUUUGUCAUUAUGUGUUUGUUUGUUUGUUUGUUUGUUUCAGGGCGGGCUGCACCGCCUGUUCUCGUCUUUCGGUCCUCUCUACCUGUUGAAGGUGUGCCCCAACGCCCCUCUCAGCCCACCAGGGUUCUAUGCCCUCAUCAAGUUCUACUCUGCUGCUCAGGCCUCAAAGGCACAAAGGCAGACGGACGGACACUCGCUGUUUCAGAGCUAUCCUCUCAAGGUCUUCACCUCACACACUGUCAGCACCUCUCUCUCUCUCUCUCUUUCCCUUUCCCUCUCUCCCACAUACACACACACACUAACACACAUACACAGGCAUUCUGUCAUGCAUAAAUCAUGCACAGCAAUAGGUGAUUGUGGUGAGCAGGAGUGGUCAUUAUUUAGAAAAAAAUAAUAUCUGGUUGUUUGUCAUGAAUCUCUCAAAGUUCAUGCACUAAAAAUAAGAUGUAAAAGGUCAGAAGGUGAGUUUUCUUCAUUGUUCCUCUGUUAUUUGCAUUGCAACCUUUUCGAGCAUGACCAUCUUUUACUGCAGCUUUAAACAUCCUCAGAAAAUUUUGUUGGUCAUUUUUUUUUCCUGUUUUCAACAUUUAAUAACCAUGUUAAAUUUAUAGACCUGAAAUUACAUUAAAAAAGCUUAAGUUAAAGAAGAAAAUCAAUGAUAAUUCCCCUUCAGAUAAUAACGAUUACGAUUAUCUAGAAGAAGUUUUGGAGGUGUAUAAAAUGUCUUGUAGGGUGUCAUUCCCAUCAAUUUUAAAAAAUGCAGUGCAGAGGGACAUUCCAUUCAAUUUUUUAAAAAUGCCAAUCAAAAUCUGCAAUCAUGACAGACUUGAUCUCAGUCAAACUGCAGUAAAUCUUUUCUAUACAGUUUUGAUUGGAUACAUAUGUGGUCAGUCUCUAAAGCAACGGUUGCAUCAUGAGUUGAUGGGAGGGGAUGACAUGAUGUUGUUGUGUCGCUUGCGUGUUUUAAGGUCAAAUGAGGGCUGCUGGUUAGAUCAAAUCUCUGCAGCAUGUUGGUCGCAAGAGAUGAGCGCAGUUUGUGUCGUUGAGCAGAGGGUGGCAGUGUUGUUCAACAUGAGGCUCAGGGAUCUAUAUUUGUGGUUCAAAAGGAUCAGUUAUUUCUCUAUUUACUCUAUUCGUCAAGAUGCAUUUCAUUUAAGGAACAAAAUACAUUAAAAAAAUAAAUGAAUGCUCCCUUUAAUAGGGAUGUUUGAAACGUGUUUUUGUUAAAGAACAAUCCAAACAGGUCAAAAGUUAUGUUAUGCCAAAAAAAAAACAGCUGGAGGAACAUCUCCAUUUACAACAGGUUAGUUACAUGACUGCGUGCGUGUGUGUGUGUGUGUUUUCAGGUGCGUCUAAGUUCCAAACAGACGCCUUACUUCCUGUCUGACAGCAGCACACUUCUGAGCCACGCCCGCUGUGUGGAACUGGCCAAUCACUGCCUUGGGUUCAACGGCUGGACCUCUGACAUCAUCACAGUGAGAACCACACACACAGAAUUCAUCUAACCAUACCUGUACAUACAGGUGAGCAGACGUUUGUGUUUGACCCUUCAGCUGAAGGAGCUCACAGAUGAAGAUGGAGGUGAGGAAGAGGAGGAGCUUCAGGAGGAGGACGGAGGCAGAGAGAGAAGGCUGAGGUUUGGCUGUAUGUUGCGGCUCUCCUUCCCUCAUCACGGACAGACGACCAGAGCAGCAGCUGUGGUUGAGGACCGCUUCACCUGCACAGGUCAACAAGGAUAUGUUGACGCUCUCCUAAAAGAGAUUUUUAACCUGAGAAAGGCUCACUGAUUCUCACUGAAAUUAAAAUUAGGCUUCUGAUGGCCUGAUUUUAUCACAUGACAAUUUGUAUAUGUAUGAUUUAUAGAUUUAUAGAUUAUAGAUGUAUGAUUUGAUAUGACACAGCCCUAAUGUGGAGAGCAGAAUCCAUACCAAGGUUGAAUCCUGAAAUAUUUAGGAACUGAAAUUUACAACCCCCAUCAAAUCCACAAAUCUUGUAAAUAUGGAACCAGUUUCUUAUCUGUCUUUUUUUUCUUUUCUCUUUUGGAUUUGUUUAAAGAGUUUAUGUUUAUAACCUUUGGCUAAAGAUAUCUUUUGUGUGUGUGUGUAGGUCCGGAUGUUUUCCUGCAGAAACGUUGUAAACUACAGAGGCUGGUCAGACAAAGAGCUCUAGCUCAGGCCUUCUCCACAGUACUACUUAUAUUACUCGGUAAUACUGCUAAAAAUACUGUUGCUAUUAAUCUAACUUGUGAUUCUACUGCAGCUAUUUUAACACAUCUACUGAAGCAUUUACUGACACUAUUAGUCUACUACAGUUAGUGAUGCUAACCCUAACUCUAACUGUUAACAGCUGCUGCUAGUGUAAGUUCUGCAAAAAACAUACUUUUUAUUUCUUUUAACUUACCUUCUUCCAUUACAACUGCAGCUACUUCUACUACUUUUACUAUCAGUACAACUACUAUUACUUGCUAUUGCUAUUACUUAUACUUGUAUUAUCACAACUUCUAUGACUGCUGCAUCUAUACUUCCACAGAGACUAUUGUUACUACUGCUAACUCUUAUUUUAUUCCUACCUCUGACCCUAAACUGCCAAAGUGAUCAGUGUUUUGUUAAGCCCUCACUCAAGUGUGUCUGUACAGGUAACGGUAAAGUGAUGGUGGAGGUGAAGCAGACCUCAGAUCAGCUGUUACCUGAGGAGACUGAAGAGGUGCUACAGGUAAACACACUGAUGUUCAUCCGUCAGAGCAGCACACUUUGUUCACGUUCUCUGUCAGUAACACCUGUGUUUUCUCAGGUGAACCAGUUUGAUCUCAAAGAAGAGGAGGAGGAGGAUGACGAAUGGGACCUGACUGUGUCAUAGAGUGGUGCAUUGUGGGAAAUUGUGCAUGUUGAAGCUUAACUUAUUCAAUAAAUUUGUUUCUUUGGUUUCAUGUA